AUGUGGAGUGUACGAAUUAAAGCAAUUUUAGUUAAUUGUUUGAUGGUUCUACCAUCUGUUUGUCAGAUGGUAGACAACAGUAAUAAUGAUGAAGACUUACAACAAAGAGAUUAUUCAAAUGAACAAGUAUAUAGAAUAUAUUCUGAUAAUACUACAGAAUUAUUAAAUGAUAUAAUAUUCCCAAUUGUAGAGAAGACAAAUUAUGAUAUAUGGUUAAGAAAUUCAAAAUUUAUUGACAUUCAAUUAUUUAAAGAUGAUAUGAUUAACAUAAUUGAUUCACAAGUUGGUAAAAAACUUAAUUAUGAGAUCUUUGUUGAAGAUAUAAACCAAAAAAUUGAAGAGACUAUGCCAUCGAAAAAAAUUAAUAAUCAUGACGAUGAUGAACAAAUAAAUUUUAAUAUUGAUGAUGAAAAUAUUUCAGAGAUGUUGGGAGAUGUUUUUUUUAAUGAAUAUAGAAAUUUAAACACUAUUGAAAUAUGGUUAAAAUUAUUACAAGAGACAUUUCCAGAUUUUGUUAAGGUAGAAGAAAUUGGUAAAACUUCACAAGGUCAUUCAUUAAAUGUUAUUCAUAUUAGCGCCCAUAAUUAUAUUGAUAAUCCAGAUAAGAAGACAAUUGUUAUUACAGGUGGACUUCAUGCCAGAGAAUGGAUUAGUAUUAGUACAGCAUGUUAUACAAUGUAUGAAUUAUUAUUAAAUUAUGGAAAAGAUAAAAAAGCAACCAAAUAUUUAGAUUCGUUAGAUUUUAUAUUUGUACCAGUUUUUAAUCCUGAUGGAUAUGAUUAUUCAUGGACCACUGAUCGAUUGUGGAGGAAAAAUAGACAGAAUACAUCAAUCGAAACAUGUCCCGGCAUUGAUAUUGAUAGAUCGUUUGGGUUUCAAUGGGUUAAAUCACAUGAAUAUCCAUGUAGUGAAAGUUAUAAUGGGGAGGCACCAUUUGAAGCACAAGAAGCACAAUAUUGGGAUAUUUAUUUAAGAGAAAUUAAAAAAGAUUAUAAAAUUUUUGGUUAUUUAGAUUUGCAUUCAUAUUCUGAAGAAAUUUUAUAUCCAUAUGGUUACUCGUGUGAUGCAUUGCCACGUGAUAUCGAAAAUCUUUUGGAACUUGCAUUCGGUCUUGCAAAAGCAAUUAGAUUAACAACAAGGAAAAAUUACGAUGUUAUUGCCGCUUGUAAAGAUAGUGGGUCAGAUUUGACCCCAGGAAUUGGAGGUGGUACAGCUUUAGAUUAUAUGUAUCAUAAUAGAGCACGUUGGGCAUUACAAUUAAAAUUAAGAGAUUCAGGUAAUCAUGGGUUUUUAUUACCUUCAAAAUAUAUCAAGCCUGUUGGUAGGGAAACUUAUGCAUCAUUGAUGUAUUUUUGUGGAUUUAUAUUAAAUCCAGAAAUGUAA